AUGCCUAACAACAACAACAGUCGCAGCAGUACCCCCUUCUUACCUGUCAAACGUGGCCCCCGGGACCUCCUCGACACCCUCAAGUACCAAUGCGACUGCAGUCGGCGAGCGGUUUCCAUGGGCGAAUACGUGGCCAGUCCCCGCGUUGCCUCCGGUUCUGUCCAAGGGUUUGCCAAGGAAUCCGAUGCUUUACUCGAGUCAGUGCACGCAAUUGACGUCGAUGCAAAGAUGAGGAGUACGAAGAAGAAGCAGCAGCCGACAGGCCAAGCAGACCAAGAACAAGCCCGGUCUAUCCCACGUGCGACAAGCUCGCUCUGGGGGUCGACUUUUACCCUGACCAAUACAAUUCUAGGGUCGGGGACCCUUGCCGUCCCGUUUGCUAUUGCCUCAAGCGGCUGGUUAUUGGGCAAUAUCAUUAUGCUCGUGAUUGCCAUGAUUACGCGCUACUCGGUGCACCUUUUGCUUGCAGCAAGUGACCGAGCAGGUACCAAUUGUGCCAAAACGUACGAGAGUCUCGGCCACUAUACAAUGGGUGCCUUUGGAACGCGCUUGGCCGAGUUUUCCUUUAUCUUUGGCGGCUUUGGCACCCUCGUGAGCUAUUUAAUCUUCGUUACGGACUUGUGUGCGGCUGUUUUAGCAGUCACUAGCCACGACAAGUGGCUCAUUACCGUCGCACUUGUCACGACGAUCGUCUUCCCUUUGUCACUGAGUCGUCAGAUUGGGAAACUCUGGCUCGCGUCCGUGCUUGCCAUUCUGUCCAUUUGCUACGUCGUCGCGUUUGUUGUCGUGGCGUUUCUCGUGGCUUACAAUACUGAAGGACUGACGAUAGCUCCUGGUGUUGAAGCUAUUCGACUUGAGCCAGGGAGUGUCUACACCUUGACGCUCUUGAUCUCGGCAUUCGCUUGCCAUAAUACGGCAUUGCCAGUGUAUGAAGAGCUCAAGGAUCGGACGUUGCCGAGAAUUAACCGGGCUGUGGUUGGCGCUAUUACCGUCGCGUUCGUGCUGUAUGAAGCCAUUUCACUCUGUGGCUACUUACAGUUUGGAUCGGAGACAAAAGACAAUAUUUUGCUCAAUUUCUCGCCCGAGUAUCUCUCGCACCACAAAGCGGCGAAAGUGCCGCUACUGAUCGGUCAAUUGUGCAUGGCGUUGGCAUUGAUUUUAACUGCGCCAAUUGCCAUGUGGCCCUUCCGUUCAUGUGUUUUGAGCGUAUACUUGCGUGUGAAAAAUGGUGUACAGACCCCCAGCCACGAGGCAACGUACAAAGAGUACGUGGGAGUCACAGUGCUAAGUUUAACGGUGAUCAUGAUUUGCAGUAUCUUUGUGCCUUCUGUCAAGAUUCCGUUGAGCAUCGUUGGCUCUGUCUCAGGGUCUUUGCUGAUUUUCAUCAUGCCUGCAUUAUUUUUCUUGCUGCAGGCGACGGAUCCAAUGUGGAGUCGGAACCACGUGGGACCACUCGUGAUGCUUGGCGCAGGAUUCGUCGUUGGCACCGUUGGUCUCUCCUUGACGCUAUAUAAGUUGUAUCAUGAAUAUUAUUAA